CUCCUGCUCCUGCUCCUGCUCUUGCUGGCCGCUGGGCGAGGCCAGGAACACGACCAGACCACCGACUGGAGGGCCACCCUCCAGACCAUCCGCAACGACAUCCACAAGAUCAACACGUACCUCAACACCGUGCUCGACCUGCUGGGCGGAGAGGACGGGCUCUGCCAGUACAAGUGCCGACUGAUCGAUGCCUCUUCCACUCUGCGGAUUAAAACCGUCCCACCAAAUGGAUGUGGCUCUCCAUUGUUCGGUGUUCAUCUGAACAUUGGCAUCCCAUCCCUGACAAAGUUCUGCAACCAGCACGACAGGUGCUACGAGACCUGUGGGAAAAGCAAGAAGGACUGUGACGAGGAGUUCCAGUACUGCCUCUCCAAGAUCUGCUGGGACCUGCAGAAGGCUCUAGGGCUUGCUCAGAACGUCCAGGCAUGUGAAACAACGGUGGAACUCCUGUUUGACAGUGUCAUACAUUUGGGCUGCAAGCCAUAUCUGGUUGGCCAACGAGCCGCAUGUUGGUGCCGUUAUGAAGAAAAAACAGAUCUGUAA